GCCCGGGGUUCCGUCGGCGCGCGAUAGGGGCGGGCUCAGGCGGACGCAUUGGCCGCUCUCGAUGGGCGUGUCGGCGCGUCUCCCACUCCGUCGCGUAGCGCGGCGCUGAUUGACAGUUGGCGAACGACUGCGGACGGCGCAGGAUCUAAAACCGCGCUAGGCGCUGCUCUCCACGCUCGCUCGCGCUCGCUCGCUCCGCUCUUCUCUACACCCGGUUGCUUUUUCGUGGGGAAACCUGAAACACGCAUAUCCCCGUGUGGCUGCCUUCGACCGCGCGUAUAACACCCUACACGAACCUACCACCUUCUGUCCGGCGGAGUUACGAGAGUGCCACACGCAGUAGUAGUCACGGUCAGGGAGGAGGGUCGCCCGUCGCCGCCGCCGCCGUCGCCGCCGUCGCAUCAUCGCCGCCGUCGUCGUCGCCGUCGUCGUCGUCGUCGUCGCCGCCGUCGUCGUCGUCGUCUCGCGGUCGACAGCUCUCUCGCUCGUUCGCCCGCCCGCCUGCCCGCCCGUCCGCCCGCCCGCCCGCGCGCGCGAUCUCCUCUCUCGACUCGCCGCGCGUAACCAUCCUGUGUGGUGUGCUUGUUACAUCGCGUCUACCGGCCGCGCGCGAAUAGUAAACGCCGCGCAACGCGUCGCGUCGCAUCGCAUCGCAUCGCAUCGCAUCUCGCGUUCGUCACCGCUGUCGUCGUCGUCGUCGUCGUCGUCGUUCGUUUCGACGCGGUUUCCGUAGUAACGUCGUCGUCGUCGUCGUCGCGGCCGCCGAGUGCGUGCACCAGCGACAACCUCGACCACCGGGAGACAACUGUCGCCGGCUGUGUGUGUAUGGUCGUGACAACGCCGCCGUCGUCGCCGCAUCACCUUGUGCAUCACGCGCGUCUUUGCUCGCUCGCUCUCCGAUCUUGCCGUAAACUUGCACACAACGUGCAAACAGCCGCGCGCGUGCGAGGUGCGAGCGUUGCACGACUCCGACGGGAUCUCACCGACUGUGCGUCGCGCGACGGUGAAUAGUGCUCGCGUAGCGUCGUGGCGCCCGUCGUCGUCGUCGUCGGGCGUCUCGUCAUUGUGGAACUGGAGAAUGUAACGUGUUGAGUGACAUGAUCGGUGACAUGAUAGGUUGUGUGCUAAACGGUGAAUAGAAAUAAAGAAGCGGGGACGUGAAAUCGCGAAUGUGAAGAGAACAGGAAGAAAGUGGACAGAGUGAGAGUGGACUUGGAGCGAGAAAACUCCACGCGGCGGCGUCGUCAUCGCCGUCAUCGUCUCCUCGAUGCGGCUGGGAUCUUAGGCCGCGACUUCGCGCGCGCGAACGCGCUUUUCACAUGAUAUUUCGCCGUGUCGAUAUCGCGCGCGGAAGUUGAGAAUCACCAUCGUCGGCAUCCACGUGUCCGCGCGCAACCCACAGGCUGCAUUCAGGCCGCAUGUCGCGGCAUUGAACGCGCAGAGAAGAGCUGCCCCGAACCGCACCCGCUCCCUCCGCCGCAACGAUGAUGAGGAAGCACGUGUACUCGGCUUCAGCCGUUGUCCUAGUCGUCGCGCAAGUUGUGCCGCAAACGAUAUCCACCGUCGCUGCCGAACUGUGCUGACGCCGGUCCGUGCGACAGUUUUAUUUGACCGUCGGCUGCCGAGUCGUCGUCGUCGUCGUCGUUGUCGUCGUCGUUCUCGUCGUCGUCGUCGUCGUCGUCGUCGCCGUCGUCGUCGUCGUCGCCGUCGUCGUCGUCGUCGUCGUCGUCGUCGUCGUCGUCGUCGUCGUCGUCGUCGUCGUCGUCGUCGUCGUCGUCGUCGUCGUCGUCGUCGUCGUCCUUGUGUGUGCGUGUAUAGGUGAAUCUUUGAAAAUACAGAGGACACGACAACAAAAGGCAAAGGCUCCAACGGCGAGAAGGAAUUUACCGAGAGAGGGAUCAGCGGAGCGGAACCAGAGGAGCAGUAACAGCAGCAGUAGCAGAAGGAGCAACAGCAGCAGCAGCAGGCCGACGGAACGUGAUUGUCGAACGAAUCCGUUGCCGACGGGUAGCGUCGGUUCGCGCGAGUGAAAGAAGAAAAGAGAUUCGUCUCUCGCAGCAUCCCGUCGGCCGCCGACGGCUGUGAACGGAGUUCAAUAUUCGACGUGUCGUCGUCGUCGUCUCCGUUUCCGUCGGACACGCACCACGACCUUAUCUCUGCCCGUCGCCGCGUGAAAGCCAGCAGCGUCACGCAGCGCGUCCGAGCAUCGAGCUUAGCGCGCUAUAACAGAGUGUGCCGAGAAAGUGUAGUGAAGUGGUGUCGAGGCUCGCUUGCUUAUAUUGUGGGAAAAUACAGCCGCUACGGUGGCUCAGCACGCAGAGUUCCCCGGCGCGGCCAGGGCGUUCAUGGCGCAGCCAAGGUAUGAUGAUGGCGGGCUGCACGGGGGUUACCUCGAGGGCGGUGGUGGUGGUGGAGGCGCAGGGCUAUACGAUCCACAUGGUAGUGCCCGUGGUGUUCCCGGUCUCCAUCAUAGCCCACACCUGGGAGGAAUGGGCCCGGCCCACCCCCAAUAUCCACCGCCUCCUCCUCAGCCGCCACAACACGUUCUCGCGGCGGCAGCUGCGGCCGCGGCCUCCGCGGUGCCCGAUGUCCACAAACGUGACAAGGACGCCAUAUACGGACAUCCCCUGUUCCCGCUUCUCGCACUCAUAUUCGAAAAGUGCGAGUUGGCAACGUGUACGCCGCGCGAGCCCGGUGUAGCUGGUGGUGACGUCUGCUCGUCAGAGAGCUUCAACGAGGACAUCGCCGUUUUCUCAAAACAAAUCAGACAAGAGAAGCCGUACUACAUUGCGGAUCCGGAGGUGGACUCGCUGAUGGUUCAGGCGAUUCAAGUCCUCCGGUUUCACCUCCUCGAGCUCGAAAAGGUACACGAGCUGUGCGACAACUUUUGCCAUCGGUACAUCAGCUGCUUGAAGGGCAAGAUGCCGAUCGACCUCGUGAUCGACGAUCGAGAGAGCUCGAAGCCACCCGAGCUAGGUAACGGUCUGGACGGCAGCGGACCCAGAAGCACCGCCGACAGCACCAGCCACACGGAUGGAGCUAGCACGCCGGACGUCAGGCCACCUUCUUCGUCACUCUCGUAUCCUGGUGCGGGUGCUAACGAUGACGCCCGCAGCCCUGGAAGCGGUGGUACACCCGGACCCCUCAGCCAGCAAGCGCCAGCCAGCUUGGACUCAUCGGACCCAGAUGCAAUGGGCAAAUGGUGUCCUCGUAGGGAAUGGAGUUCGCCUCCUGACGCGCAACGCGCGGCGACCGACGCGCGUCGUGGUGUCCUUUAUUCCUCAGUGUUCCUCGGCAGUCCCGCAGGUGACGCGAGUAACGCGAGUAUCGGUAGUGGCGAGGGUACGGGUGAGGAAGAUGACGAUUCGUCAGGAAAGAAAAACCAAAAGAAACGGGGUAUCUUUCCUAAGGUUGCGACGAACAUCCUCAGGGCGUGGCUCUUUCAACAUCUUACGGUAAGUACGAAGCGUCCAAUUCCCGACUGAAUAGCCCAUGGGGGGGUUGGGAUCAAAUUUCGUAUUGGAAACGCAAGUAUAUGGUAUGUACACAAGCGCGCGCCCGCGCGCGCGAUCGCGUCGUCGUUCGGUCCGGAGAAUACGGUGGAUCGCCGAUGCGAAAGGUAAUCGGAACGCCCUCGCAAAUCCCAGCCCGAUCUCUCGCGCAAGGAUUGCUGCGUUGCGUCGUUUUCUUUCUUCAACUCGGAGCCCAUCCUCUCUCUCUCUCUCUCUCUCUCUCUCUCCAUCUUGCCGUGAAUCUCCCUAUAUCCGAAUGCAAUCUAGAACGCAUUUUGCGGGCGUCCUGCAGGACGUAUACAUCUCCCGGCGUAUUAUGGAAUAGAAUGGAAGGAAAACGGGAUGUAGAAACCGGGUGGAAAGAGUAGGCCUCGGAGGCCCAUAACCCCAUCAGGGCUCGUCCCAGGGGCGGCAUAACCCGCAACCAUCCUCCUUCUACCCUCUCCGUUCGGCCACCGACUCGUAACCUCUCGAUGGCGGUCCUGCGGUCUCGCCCAACAACCCGAGAGUCUUUCUCCGGUUCUGCCUCUUCUUCUUUAGCUUCUCGUCCCACGAAAAACCCUACCCACCCUACCCACUCUACGACACCCUCCUCGCUCGCGGGGAUUGAAAAGAGGUUGUAGUUACUCACUAGGGACCGGCGAAUGCAACGAAGCUAUAGGCGAAUGGAAUGAAUCCUCGUCUCUUUCGCUUCGAUUCUCCCUGAGAACGCGUUAUAUUAAUUCGCCGUUUACUAUGUACCACGUAUCGGAAAAUGUUACUUUUUUCGCUAUUUUGCGAACGAUAUAUCUAAUAUAAUCUAACAUUAUCUCAGAUGUACGAUACAUCGUACGUACAUUGGCGUCAUAUUUGGUUGUUUCGGUAACUGCGUCACACCGCUGCACCGUGGCGUUGGAUUUUUAAAAAGCUUUUACUGCGCGCAAAUAAAGGUCUCGCCGAGGUAACGCUAUCGAUAUCACUACGGCCCGGACAUCUCUUCAAGUAUUCACAAGCCACCAAGUGAAACAAAAGACGGUCCACCGCCACGAGAUAAAGACACGGAGACCGCGCCGUUAACUCACUUACCCUCCUUCUUUCCAUUCGUUUUUCUCUCUCGUUUCCUCUCUUCUUACGACCUUCACGGCUCCUCGGUAAAACGAAAGGCAUAUAGAUGGCCACCUCGGGGCCGCCAAACCCCGAUAAUGGAGGCCACUAAUAAAUUCACCCGUUAAUAUAAAAUAAUCGUUAAAUGCACUUAGGACAUACUUACGGCGCCGCUGGCAACAGAGAGAGUGCUAUCUUUUUUUAUUGAAACCACUUCGUCCUGAUAUCUUCGUCUCUCCGCAGACCCCAGAUAUAUCUCGUGUGCCAAUCUCGUGGCGAGAAGAAAAUUAUUCUUAUUAAAAUGUUAUAUUUCAAAUCUUGAUACGUGUACAAAAUCUUAAUUGUAAACCAAAUCUUUCAAUUUUGAGUAAAAUAUUUUUUUUGUCAGUCUUUGUGCUGGUUUGGAAGAAUCGAAAACUUUUAUUCAACUUUAAGUUAAUAUUUUUUUUUAUUAGAAUUUGAGCUCAUUUGAUGAAUUUAAUGAGUUAGAGAUAUUAAAUCAUUAUUUUUUUGAUUUUUUGGUUAAUGAAUAAGUACUUGACGUUAGAGAAGAGAAUACGCUUCGAUGUUUCCCGUACGUAUUGACUGACGUUAUCCUUAAUGCGAUACAUACUGUUUCGGCGUUAUCCUGACGCACUGUUCCGGCUUCAGUGUAAUCCUACGUGAUACUACGGUAACCGGAAAAUAUGAAUAUCACGGAGAUAGGUGUCGUAUGUAGUAGGAGAUACAAAUUUAUGGCACAUUAUAGAAAGUAAAAUUUUCAAUUUAUCAUAUAGUCGAAAUUAAUUUUUCAUAUUAAUUCGCUUCACCUACAACAUAAUAAAAAUGGAUGAAACGUAAAUCAUCAAGUUGCUUGUGCUUUCACGAAAAUUUUCAUUGAAAACUUGUUUAUUUUUAAAAAUCGUUAAUUAUUAAAAAUUAAACUUGUGCCUUUAACGCAUAUCGACAUUGAAAACAUUUUACUUAAAUUUUACGCUAAAUUUAUAUAUUGGCAAAUGAUAACGUUUUUUACCACGGGAUAUGAGUACAAACUCCGAAAGGAAAUAUUGCUCCUCCGUCAAAGUUAAUCCGUCUCAUAGGUCGAAUCCAGGCUGCGAGUACGCCAAGAUUCGCGUAAUUCGGGAAUUCGUAACUUUAUCCCUUUCAUGCGUUUCCCUCAUCGUCGAGAAACUCUGCGGGGUAAUUUCCGGAUGACAAUGAUAUAUAUAGGAUGACGUUACCGAGGAAAGUUUAGGUGCGAACAAAGUCCGCGAGAAAAACAUGCACCGUGUAAUUAUUACGUGGCGUAAACAAAACGAAUGGCGGCGAGCGCGUAAUGGAGAAGCAUUUUCCGCCUAAGCGCAGUUUUAUUAAGUCGCUAGGGCACGAACGAGACAGGGAAAAUAAGAUUAUAAGUUGCUCGACGUAUUAUGAUCGACGACAAAAAACGUCUCUUCCGUAUUACUCUGCGUUUCGUUUGCGUAUUUAUUCACGCUAUUGCAGGUUGUAAAGAAAAAAGGCGACAUUUGUGUUUCAAAUUUGUUGCCGCAAUUACGCGCAUCAAGACGUUUUCGCACACAACACUGUAUUGUGUCGGGGUAAUCAAAUGGAACAAACGAUGUAACGAUAAUACUAUGAAGGUUCAUAGGACCGCAGAGAGAUGCAGGAGAUGGGAGAGGAAAAGACAAAGAGAAACGGAAACAACGAGAGAAAGAGAGAGAGAGAGAGAGAGAAUCUCGAUUCGCGCCUCAUUGCCGUCUAAGCGAAAGCCAUAUCUCUUUGUGGAAACACGAGCCCAUGUAUCUCCCGCCUUCACCCUGUUCAUCUUCCGCGAUCUCGUGGAAGGGCCCCUCUAACGAACUCGACGUCCACUUAGGGGCCCUGAAAGGAUGCCCGUAACGAGCCACGCGUACCCCACCUUCGCGAAAUUCGAACUCGGCCACUCACGCCCGCGGGCCAUUCGCCGACGACUUCGGCGACGACGUGUAUGUAUCCGCACUCCUACGCACGUAGACUCUCGUGCACGUGCGGAACAUCGUGAUAUAUAUUAUGCACCGGGAUGACCUAAUAUUUUAAUAAAAUGCGCGCGCCGCUACCAUCCAUAACUAACUGAGUAACCCGUAGCGAGAGAGAAAUUCAUUGGGAGAAUUGGUCGGAGACCAAAGAGGGCUGUGAAACGCAUGAAGAAGAGAGAAACUCUCCGCGGGCACCUCCACCACCACCACCAUAUCGUGAUGUACGGGCAACUGUGAUGAUCAGCCGCAUUAAUGCGUCGUGUGUGGUGUUGCUUGCUCCUAUAAACUAUAUUUAUAACACUUUGUACACAUAAUAUAUUCCCAAGUAUGUUACGCGGAAUGUCCCGCGUUGAGAUCUAUCUAGACGCGAUGAAAAAAAUGCGGGACAUGAGUAAGUGAGAGAAAGAGAAUUUUGAAAAUUGACCGACCGACACACCACACGGCGCAUUGAUUAUGUAAAACGUUCCUAAAUUGCUACAAGAUUCGAUCAAUCGAGACUCGUUUACGAGCGCAUGAUGUCUCGCGGUUACUCCGCUCGGAUAUUAUACGUUAUCGCUGCGCGUCGCGCAUAUACUCGGUUAAAAAUAAAAAAAAAAUCUGUUACAUUGUUACCACACACACACACACACACACACACACACACACACACACGCACUGACGCAACCUUGUGGCGCGUAUUUACGAGGCGCUUAUUCGCUUUAUGAAUCACAAACGCGAAAAAAAAUCACGGCUUUGAAUUUAUCGCGUACAACAUGGCUGUACGAAGCGCACUUGUAACGAUUAAAAAUCAGUGUUAUUUAUUGUGAAGCGUUAUUUAUAUCGUAUUACUUUGUUGAUAUGCAUUACUUUCCACGUUAUUCAUACACAGUGAUUUUUAAAUUUUCUGUAAAGUAAUGAAAAUUAACCAACUAUAAUUCAUAAAUAUCUUUGAAGAUAUGCUGAAGGUUACGCAAGAUUAAUUAUAAUGAUAAGAUUCUAUACAGAUUAAUUAUGUAAUUAAUUAUAUAAUUAACUUCUGUAAAUAGCUCAGAGUUCACGCAGUUAAAUCACAUCGUUCGAUAAUUAAUGGUCAAGAUAUUCCACGAGUUAAAAAUGUUACAUUUCUAUAAACGAUGACGAGAAAUCUGAAAAGUUGUGCGAGAUCGAUGCGCGUCAUGUUAUAUAGCGCCAUCAUAAUGCUAUGCCACGCGGUGGCUAUCGUUAUGAGUAGCGCUAAUCAGAGCGAAUCAUAUCGCACUCUCGUGCUCGUGGCUCGUAACGCUGCGGCAAAGGGAUAGCGCAGAUGGGGAUGGUGAUGACGAUGAGUGAAGGCAAUGUAUCCGCGAUAUAUAUAUAUAUAUAUAUAUAUAUAUAUAUAUAUAUAUAUAUAGCCCAGCCAUUAUUAUUCAUAUAUUCCAUAUCACGUUUGUUCAUACAAACCUAUAGCGCGUGCCCGCAGGCCAUACAGCUUGACAUGCAUCCCCGUAAAUAGUCGCAGGUAACCAUUUCCGUUCUGAUGGGGUCGGCGUAUUUGUGCGUGCAAUCCCCACGUGUUCGUCGCAUCGUAAAGCGCAUUCUUUAGCAGAUAUAUUUAGUUUGGUGAAUGUAGUAUACGAUAUGUCGCACGUACCAUAAAAUAUUUCAAAAUGAGGAAUCAUAC